GCGGGCGGCAUUUGCGGCCGGCGCCGGGGUGGAGAGUUGCGCGGCGGUCCCUGGGCCUGGGCUGGGGCUGGGGCGCCGGCGAUGUCUCAAGAUGGCGGAGCUGGGCGAAUUAAAGCACAUGGUGAUGAGUUUCCGGGUGUCUGAGCUCCAGGUGCUUCUUGGCUUUGCUGGCCGGAACAAGAGUGGACGGAAGCACGAACUGCUGGCCAAGGCCCUCCACCUGCUCAAGUCGAGCUGUGCCCCCAGCGUCCAGAUGAAGAUCAAAGAGCUCUACCGCCGGCGCUUUCCCCGGAAGACCCUGGGGCCCUCUGACCUCUCCCUGCUCUCCCUGCCCCCUGGCACCCCCCCUGUAGGCUCUCCGGUUCCUCUGACUCCCAUGCCCCCUGCUCUCUUGACCCCUGGUACCUUACUGGGCCCUAAGCGUGAGGUAGACAUGCACCCCCUUCUGCCUCAGCCCGUGCACCCUGACGUCACCAUGAAGCCAUUGCCUUUCUAUGAGGUCCAUGGCGAGCUCAUCCGGCCCACUACCCUCGCAUCCACGUCCACCCAGCGGUUCGAGGAGGCUCAUUUCACCUUUGCCCUCACACCACAGCAAGUGCAGCAGAUUCUGACAUCCAGAGAGGUUCUGCCAGGAGCCAAGUGCGAUUACACCAUCCAGGUGCAGCUAAGGUUUUGUCUCUGUGAGACCAGCUGCCCCCAGGAGGAUUAUUUUCCCCCCAACCUCUUUGUCAAGGUCAAUGGGAAACUGUGCCCUCUGCCGGGUUACCUUCCCCCGACCAAAAAUGGGGCUGAGCCCAAGAGGCCCAGCCGCCCAAUCAACAUCACACCCCUGGCUCGACUCUCAGCCACUGUUCCCAACACCAUCGUGGUCAAUUGGUCAUCUGAGUUUGGACGGAAUUACUCCUUGUCUGUGUACCUGGUGAGGCAGUUGACUGCAGGGACCCUUCUACAAAAACUCAGAGCAAAGGGUAUCCGGAACCCAGACCAUUCCCGGGCACUGAUCAAGGAGAAACUGACCGCUGACCCUGACAGUGAAGUGGCUACCACGAGUCUACGGGUGUCGCUCAUGUGCCCGCUAGGGAAGAUGCGUCUGACUGUUCCUUGUCGGGCCCUCACCUGCGCCCACCUGCAGAGCUUCGAUGCUGCCCUUUAUCUGCAGAUGAAUGAGAAGAAACCAACAUGGACAUGUCCUGUGUGUGACAAGAAGGCACCUUAUGAAUCUCUUAUCAUUGAUGGCUUAUUCAUGGAGAUUCUUAAUUCCUGUUCGGAUUGUGAUGAGAUCCAGUUCAUGGAAGAUGGCUCCUGGUGCCCAAUGAAGCCAAAGAAGGAGGCAUCUGAGGUUUGCCCCCCGCCAGGGUAUGGGCUGGAUGGCCUCCAGUACAGCCCAGUCCAAGAGGGAACACCAUCAGAGAAUAAGAAGAAAGUUGAAGUCAUUGAUUUGACCAUAGAAAGCUCAUCAGAUGAGGAGGAUCUGCCCCCAACCAAGAAGCACUGUCCCGUCACCUCUGCUGCCAUCCCAGCCCUACAGGGAAGCAAAGGAGUCCUGACAUCCGGUCAGCAGUCAUCCUCGGUGCUACGGAGUUCUGCUGUGGGCACGCUGGGUGGGGAUUUCCUGUCCAGUCUCCCACUGCAUGAGUACCCACCUGCCUUCCCCCUGGGGGCUGACAUCCAAGGUUUAGGUUUGUUUUCUUUCCUUCAGACAGAGAGUCAGCACUAUGGCCCCUCCGUCAUCACUUCUCUAGACGAGCAGGAUGCCCUCAGCCACUUCUUCCAGUACCGAGGGACCCCUUCCCACUUCCUGGGCCCACUGGCUCCCUCACUGGGGAGCUCUCACCGCAGCUCCACCCCGGCCACUCCUCCCGGCCGGGUCAGCAGCAUCGUGGCUCCUGGAGGGGCUCUGAGGGAAGGGCACGGAGGAGCGUUGCCCUCGGGCCCCUCCUUGACUGGCUGUCGGUCAGACAUCAUUUCCCUGGACUGAGUUUCCUGGAUGACGGACCCUUCGCUGCCAACCAGCCCCGAGUAGGUGUGCUUUGUGCUUGCCACCUUGACCUCUCUAGGCAAUUGGGUCAAAGGUCAGAUCCCAACUUUGGUGGACCAGCUCCUUUUGGCCUCAUCAUUGCCUGAAAGGGCCAACAUGCAAAGGGUUAAUAUUUAACCUCUUUUUAAGGACACUGAGGUCUAUUUUUGGAAAUGUCCUUCGGAUGGCCCGCACAUUCCUUUGGGUACCUAGGCAGUAGGAGGCAAAUGGGAUGGGGCAUGAGCGUGGAGGAAGGACUGACCACUUGGCCUUGAUUUGGGGGGGAGGAGCUUGUCUCUUGUCCCCAAACUCAUAGUCAUUGUUUGUCUGUUCCAUUCUCUUGGGUUACACAGACAAGGCGGAGAAACUGAGAAAGGCGGUUUCAGAGAGGCACAGAGAACUCUAUUUUGGGUUGUAGAUAUUUUGUAUAUAAAUAAGAAAAGCCAAAAUACUCCAAAGAUGACCUCCCUGACCUAUUUCCUGGUGUUACUGAGGAGGAGAUAAGGCCUUAGCCAUGGUCCUGAAGGGUUUGGAGUGGGUGGGGUGGGGGUGAUCCUAGCCUCCUGCCUGGGUCUCCUAUUUAUAUAUUUAAGUUCACAGUGUUCCUUAUGCUGGCCAGCUUGGGGCCUAAGCUGCCAGAGGCCACAGUCCUGCGGCUGGGCCCGGCUUAUUCUGCACCUUUCCUGGGAAGUGGGGGACCCCUGUCCCUCCUUUUUUAGGCUCCCCAGGGUUUAGGAUAUAUGUUGUAAUUUUACUUUUUAUUUCCCAAACUGUAUCAGAUUUCUCACCCAUAAUAAAGGUUGUCAAUGU